GAUUAUGAAAAGUCAAUUUCUCUACUAGCACUCAACUAGCACUCAUACAUUUCACGCACCUGAAACUUUCAUUUUUUUUCAGUUGCAUUAACACAGGCAAGGGAUCAAUGCUGACAUAAAAAUCACCAUCAUCAUAAGUUCAACCGUUCAGGUUCAUUGUUCAUUUGGUCUUUCCCAGCGCCGCUGUCGACUGUCAAUCCGCACGGAGGAUGAUUUGAAGCGAGUGCAUGCUGCACAGCACGUGUCAGGCUUGCUGUCUGCUGUGUCUCUCAUGUUCCUAAACCACUAAACAUAAAUACAACCCUUGUACUUCCUCGAGUGUUCAAGCUCCAAGCCAGCCGACCGGCGCUCGAGACUGGACAGUCCAACGUCCAGCUUUCAACUACCGAUACGUAUAUUCUACUCUACCUUGCGGAUAUUUUGUAUUUCUCCCACAGUAGAGGAGAUAACAGGCAACCUCUCUGAUUUUAACAUUCCCUCAACAUAUCAAGGCACGAAAGGGCUGAUCAGACGAAAGAAUCAUGAUGCCUCUGUAGUACCUCGGCCUGCCAAGAUUAACUUUCACGGCGACCGUGACGUGCCUUCGCGCACGGCCGCUUGAUUUUUGUACCUACCGCUGUUGUUGUUGAUGAUGAACAGUCAAUCAAAACAUAUCCAGACCCAUUUGGAUCAUUACCUGAACCUCAGUUGAACCGUUUAUAAGAAGGCUCUAUACGUUCAACAUGGCAUCAGGUCUCUCCCACUCGUAAACGACAUGCGUCUCGUUUCUAUCAUUCUUCCCGCUGUUGCCCUUUGCUUUGGCGCUACCACAGUAUUAGCUGCGACAUCCAUCAAAGAAGCAUGUGGGGCUGGCAAAGUUCUGAGCACCACCGUCAUUCCGUACGGAGACCAACAGCUGACGAUAACUGAGACUCACUGUCCAGGAUUCGAGGCACUUGGAUACAACUCGUCUCGCUCAGGCAACGAAAAACGGGAUGUUCAACAGUGCAAUGAAAAUUGCAGCAAUUCGUGCACGAUUACUGCCACUAAAGCGAGUUUCCCUGCUUGUCAGGCGUUGACAAAUAGCCUCGCAUCCCUGGCAUUUCAAAGCUUUGUCAUGACCGGUGGUACUACACAAACAUUCACCUUGGGUGGGGCUUGCGUGUAUACUUAUGCCAAUUACGACGGUUACACAUAUGAUGUCUGUUACAGCGAUUUUGCAAAUGUCGGCGAGACGACCGCAAACUAUUGUAUACAAGGUAUUGGUACCGGAGCAGGAAUAUGCAAUGCUCCCAUGGUUCAGUAUGAAUAUUGGGCUGUGGAAGUGUCUGCUUAGCAAAUCAGUUGGAUGAAGUUGAAAGUGUCUGCUGUUGAAAUAUCCUGUAUAUUUUCUGCUUCUUGUACUUCCUAGCCCCUGAAUUUCGGCAGGAAACUGUAUGUAAGUCUGUUCGAUAGGGACGCGGUCGCGGUUGUGCUUUUGCGUGG